UUUCACCAUUACCUGGAGCGAAUAGUUCAUCACAUAAACAAACAUCGCGAACGUCUUUUUGACCUACAGAUUGAACAGCAUCUGCAGAGAAUUUUCCCUGAGGAGAUGGAGAGAACUGAAGAGGCAUGGUGCAAAUCCCUUGAAAGACUAUUGUGCAUUACCAGGACUUACGUCAUCAUCAGUACCCAUGGUCUCUUUGUCAAUGGUACAGCCAAUGCAAAGCAGACACAGACGUCUGUUGCUGCCUGAUGGUUCUUAUCCAUAUUCUCUCCACAUUCCUAGUGAUGAGGAGCUUCUGGCUGCCAAAAAACUUACUUUUGGUGACGUCCGACUAUCUUUGGGAAAUGUUGCAUUUGAAACGGCAGCAAGAGAGUCAAUCUGGAAUCAGGCUCUGGGCACUACAGCUUUGGCCCUUAGUACCAACAUACCAGAAAAAUCAAAGAGUCAUGGCAAAGAUCCAUUAGAUUUCAAUUACAAUUCCUCACCGCCUUUGUCACUACGUUUAUCCAGAAGACCUAGACCAAGUCCCAGUAAAGAUUCAAAGGAGGAAGUCCCUGUCAUGAAUGGGCGAGAGGCUGUGCAGUUCUUUGCAGGAUGCAACCAUAUUGGCAAAAUCAAGUCUUUAUUUUUUAACCUUUCACCUUCACGUCAUUUUGCACCAUAUGACCUUAUUUCAGUCCCCAAAGCCAAGGUAAACCCAGAGCAUUAUGUGUUUUCAUCUUUUGGAGUGCUGCAUGUGUACCCUGACCAACCUUCAGAGAGCAUGACCUUAGCAGAAUGGCAGCGUGAGGCUGUCUUGUGGAAAGCUGUGUCAGCAAUCCCUUUCUUCAAGAACUUUCUCAUCCGGAAGAUGUUUUACAGAUGGUUGAAAAACAAGCUGUACCAGGACUAUGAAAGACGGCGGAAAACAGUGGCUAGCAGUUUGCUUGCAAAUAUUCCUACAUUUGGUGCAGCCCUUCAACAGGUCUCAAGGUUGCUGAAGGAGCUCAUGACUGUGCAGUUUCUGCCAUUUGAGAAAGAUAAAACUUACCAGCUCACAGAAUAUGAAAACAACAUAAACUACAAAAACAUACAGGCAGAGCAUAUCCUGGAAAAAUUCUUCAAGUAUUGCAAGAUGGUAGAGGAUACAGUUGCAGAAGAGUCAUUCCGCAAAAUGAAAUACUGUGAAGAACAAGUCAAAAAGAAGACCUACUUUUCUAAAGACUCCCUUCACCUUCAAACAAUGAAGAAGGAAGAAAGAGAAAAAAAUUUGCAAAAGGCCAAGAAUGAGUCUGGGCGUCUUGGAAAUUUUGUGAAGCUGGUCGACCAGAUGGUUGUGGAGCACCUGUUCCAAAUAACCAAAUCUCAAGUGAUAAGUUUUGUGAAGGAUGUGCUGGCUAUUGAUGGUGAGGCUCAAAGAGAUGGCUUUUUCAAGGCAAAUCUGGUCUUCAACAAACAAGAUGUGCUGUGCCUAUCUCCAAGCAAAGAGAGGUUCCAGAAAGUUCUCAGCAGCACACUAAAUGGCAUUCCAGCAGUGUUGUGUAGCUGUGCCAUUCCUAAGGAUGGUUCCCAGCAGGAUAAAGAGUUUGCAGAUGUUGAUUCCAGUAGUCCCCACAUACUGCAUGAUCCUAAAACAUCUUCAAGUCAGACACAGAGAGAUAUAAAAAGUGUUUCAACAUUCCAGGUCAGCUUGUAUAAACAUGAUAGUAUGACAGGAAUCACCAUGUCUGAACAAGAGUCCCAGAUUGGAGAAGGCCUUGUGGAAAGCAGUAUGAUAGAACAAGAAUCCUGGGCUCAAACUGCCAGUUUAUCAGUGCCUCAUCUUCCUCGUGCUGAUACACCUACCAAAUCGGAAGAUGACCUUGGUAUUGCAACUCCUGACCUUGUAUUGCCUUCACUAAGCAACACGAGACUUGCAAUAGAGGGUGAGGGAUUCCUUGGCCAGUACGCUCCCUUAUCACAAGCUAGUUUGGAAGACAAGCUGACCCUGGAUGAAGAAUAUCAAGCAGCUCUCAAAAUCCAGCAAAACCUCAUGCAGUCAGCUCUGGAUGAGAUUGAAACUUACUGUGAAUUCAACCGUUGGCUCAAUGAGAUUCAUAUUUUCUGCCGAACCUGGAAUGAAAAGUCAGUCAAGGAGUUCCGUGGAGCUGUUGCUUUUACCAUAGAGCAAAAGCUAACAGAAAUUCGCCAGUGGUCAGAGAAAGUGCGCAACUUUGACAGAAGUUUCAUCACUGAGAAUGGCAUGUUCUUUGUGGACUGUUCUGCAGUUCAUGAAGGGCUUCUGCCAUGUCUCAAUCACAUCUACCAAGAGUUGAUUGCCUUUGUUGCUGAUGAAGCCAAAAGUCUUGCUGCCACCUUCUGUGAAGAGAUGAAAAUAGUGCUAAAGAAUAUGAAGGACAAGCGAGAGACAGUGGAGUCAUUUGCUCAGUUUGCCAAAAAUUAUUCACAGUACAAGAAGAAUACAGUACAAUUUCAACAGCGUGUGGAAUACAUCAAGUCGCUUUAUGAGGUUAUCCGCAUGAGCUACCGACAGCUGACUGCUGAGGAGGAGAAAGUGGAAGAGAGUGUCUGGUCAUCAUGGGAAGCAUUUCUGAUGCAGAUGCAGGAUGCUGGCGAAUUUAUCAACACCCAGACACCCCUUAUGACUCAGCAGCUGGAAGAGACAUUUGAGACACUAGAAAAAGAGGCUAAGCACUUAGCAGAACAGGCAACUAGUGGCUGUUUUCUGGAUUCUAACCAAAAUCCACUUCUUGUGCUGAGGAUGAUGAAGGAGCUGCGGGAGAAGUUUUUUAGAACGCAGCUGCAGCUGCAAGAAGCAAGCCAGUGGAGGGAAGCUAUUGUAGGUGAUCCAUACAACCUCAAGUUCCUUAGCGAGAUGACAGUACGCAUGGAUGUGCGACAAGAACUUUGGAAAUAUAUUGACGUGUCCUCAAGCACCAUCAAAGAUUGGAAACAAAUGUUGUUCAGAAAGAUGAACAUCAAGAAAGCUCUAGAGAGGGUGACAGAAUGGUUGUCAGCUGCUGCCCAGCUAAGACCUUACCUUCCUGAGGGUGAUAAAGUCCUCAUCUCUUGGUAUUCCAGCAUGCAGGACUUUCGAAAAGAUCUGCCUGUACUGUUUAAGCUGGCAAAUGAUGCAUUAAAGGACCGACACUGGCAUGCUAUCUUCCUUGGCAUGAAUGAACCAUACAUGGGCAAUACGCAGUUUACAGUGGCAGAGCUGAUGAGCUACAACCUGUCUGAGAAUGCAGAGCUGGUGCACAAUGUCUACCUCUCAGCCAUUGCAGAGUAUGACCUGGAGCAACUAAUGGCUCGCAUCAAAUCUCUGUGGCAGGAUAAAAAUUUCAAAAUAGCAAAACAUAUUCCAGACAGCAUGUUUGUAAAAGAUCGUGCUAAGCAACCUGGGUCAGUACAGAAGGCUAGCAAGAUGGAGCGCUACCGUCAGGAGAGAGUGGCUGCAACUGCUGGUGCUCCUCAUGGUCUUGAUGUUGCUAAUGACGACCUUUAUGUCCUUAUUGAAGUUGAGGAGCUCAAGUACCAGCUGGAGGACAGCCGCAUCAGUGUAGAAACAAUGUUGCAGUCACCAUAUAUAGGUGACAUUGAGAGUGAGGCUAAGGAAUGGAGCAGUGCUUUAUGCGAGAUAGAAGAAAUCACAGAUCUAUGGGUCGUUUGCCAGAAAAAGUGGUUGUACCUUUUGAAGAUAUUCGAGCAGCCAAAGCUGUACCGCAAGUUGUCACAGCAUGCCUUUAAAUUUGAAGCAGUUCAUGCGAAAUUCAAGGACUGGAUGCGUGUGGUGUCCAAUGACUCGAAAGUCCUUUCUGUGGUCAACAGGCGCAGAGGUGAAAAAGGGUACCGCCUUUUACAGGGAGAUAACUUGUGCUCUCUGUUUCUCAGUCUCAUACAGCAGCAGGACGAAAUUCUGCAAGACCUGGAGCAGUACCUUGAAAAGCACCGUGCACAUUUUCCACGUCUGUAUUUCCUGUCAAAUGGGGAUCUUAUUGAUAUGGUUGGAGUCUCACGCAGUCCUCAGAGUUUAUUGCCAUUUGUUCGCAAAUGCUUCCCAGGUGUCACCGACAUGAGCUUUGUUCUUCCCCCAGAUCUUGAAGGUCUCAAUUCAGUCCUGGACUUUGCACUCAAUAGUGACAAGCUGCAGGUGGCUUGUGUGAAAGGAGCAUGUGGAGAGGAAGUGAGUCUGUACAAACGCCUGGAGCCCCACCCACAGGCCAGUGCCUGGCUUUACAACCUUGAGUCCAUUCUGAAGAACACAAUGACCAUCCUGCUGCAAGCAUGUGUCCAGGUGUGCAUGGAAGAAGGAACACGCCAGCCUAUCCUGAUUCUAGAAGAACUGUCAAGAUCAGGUGGAGCACAGGUAGCAGAAAUGGCAGAGAUAACAUCGAAGAUCCGACAUCAGUAUCAGCACUGGCUUCUUCACUUUCCUGCACAGUGUGUGCAGAUUGCUGACUGCAUUCUGUGGGAGCGUAGCAUGGCUCGUAUACUUGAGAAGACAGAUCAAGAAGAAAUGAAAAUCCUUAGAUGCAACCUGUCUGCCAAGAUCGACCAGUAUGUGGAUGUCUUGCAUGAAUCAUACAAGAACCCUGACCUGGACAAUGAAAUGCAAGAACAUCUUUCUUGCCUUCUCAGUUCACUUGUAAUCCAGAGCAUCCACCAUCGAGAUGUUAUGGACAACCUUCUUAAAGAGCGGGCAGUGGUGGAAUCAAACUUUGACUGGCUCAAAGUUCUAAAGUUCAGAAUGGACAUUCGCAAUGUGCUCCGUGCUAAAACAACAGUGAAUGAUGGAGGAAAACAGAUGAUCACUUCGCCAAAAAUUCAACCUUUUCGUAAGACACAAGGCAGCACACAGAAACGGGAAACCCAUGAGGAAAUGCCACACUUAAGUCGUAUGAAAACUACAGUCUCCACAGAUUAUGACUUCAGUCCAUGCUAUGUGCAGCAGCUGACCAACACAUUCUUUUAUGAUUACGAAUACCUGGGACCAUCUCCAAGCCUGGUGAUCACACCACUGACAGAGCGAACCACACUGUCGCUCACACAGUCGCUCAGGUCCUUCCACUGCAGCAUGCUCAUAGGACCUUCAGGAACAGGGAAAACAGAUAUCAUCAAACACCUUGCCAAGAUGUUGGGGAGAUGUAUGUUUACUCUCACCUGCUCCGAUAGUGUCACUCUUCCAGUGAUACUUCAGUAUAUGACUGGGAUGGUGCAGUCUGGGUGCUGGGCCCUUUUUGAUGAUACUGACCAUCUUACCAAAGGUCUCCUGUCAGUAGCAGCCCAGCAACUUGACUACCUUCACACGGCUUUCAGAGCACUGGACUUGUCCAGCAAAAACCAGUAUUUGAUACGUGGACAACCUCGUUUUGACAAGAUAUUGUCUGUGAAGUCUGGUGUGGGGGACAAGGUUAUUCGUCGCAACUCACUGACCACACUGCACCCCUUGCCUCGAGCUGAAGCCCAACCUUCCCCUGAGCUCGAACGUCAGCGUACAGUUCCUCAUGGCUUUAAUGAAAAGGGACUGGUGACCUAUUUUGAGGACACCUGGGUGGCAGAGCGAGAACAGCGCCGUCAUUCCAUAGAGCGUGAAAUUGAGAUUAAAGAAUCAGAAUUGUAUAAAAAUAAUCGACCACCUCCUCUCUUCUAUGAACAUGUCAAAGCCGGUCGACGCCGUGCAGCUCCUGACUACACAAAACUGGUUCCAGAGCCAUCCUAUGUGAGACGAUAUCUGGGAAAUGUCAUGUUCAAUGGGAAACUGAUUCUGGCAAACAGCAAUUUUGGUGGUUUCAUGACCAUGGGCAUGACUGGGAACACCCAGGCUAUGUUUCCUGACAAUUUUAGACUGUUAAUGCGACCCUGUGCCUUAAUCAAGCCUGACACUGAGCACAUUUUCUCCAUGCUGCUGCGGAUUUACAGUUUCCAAGAAUAUGUUUUGUGGGCUAGAAAACUGACCCUGUUCCUACAACUUAUGGAGACUAAGCUGCCAAGAAAGACUCAUUAUCGGUGGUCUUUGCAUGACGUGAAGAAAAUUGUGGUCAUGGCUAGUGCUAAAUAUCGGGACAACCAUUCCUUGCCUGAAGUUCCUAGGAAAACAGUAAAAGAAACUGACACCAAAGCUGUUGAGGAGCGCUGCUUGGUGUGGGCAUUGCACCAGGUGGUGGGACCACAGGUGGCAGAGAAUGACCAGACAACAUUGAGCGUCCUACUGCAUGACCUCUUUCCACAAGUUGCAGGCUGGGUACUGAAAGGAGAAGACAGUGGCAAAGAAGAACUUCCUCUGGUGGAGGCCAUCAGAGAGGUGAUGCGGGAAGACAGGCUGAAGGAGAUAGAGCCUCUAGUUCAAAAGGUCCUUGAGCUAAAUGAAGGAUUGGAAUCACAUUCUCCUGUCACCUUGGUGGGCCCAGCCGGGAGUGGCAAGACUACAUGUUUCCGGAUCUUGUCCCGUGCCAUCAACUUACUGAAUUACAAACUUUUUGCUCCAGAUCAUUGUAGUGAUGAACUCACCAUGGACCACAACAUUGUUAUGCAGAGUACACCCAGGCUAAAGAUCUUGCGUGACCAGGAGGCUCAGAAUGUAGAUGUGUUGCCAACAGACUGCAAUGAAGACCUGAAGUUUAAGCCAUUAACUGACUUCAAGAAGUUCCAUGAACUCAAGAAGAUGAGUAGUACAGUCCAGUCCUCUCAGGCAGCUGCAGAUGAGAAUGGUUCAGCUUUGUCUUCUUGUGAAAUGGCCAGAUACCCAAAGGUGGAUGUGGUACAUUUGGUUCCAACAGCAAUGGAACCUAAGGAACUUCUGGGUCAUUUCAGAGCAAGCGUCUGGAAGGGUGGUGUGCUGGGAAAGAUUGCACUAGAUUCAUUCUUCAUGUCACAGGCAAACAAAAUAUAUAUUGAAAGUCUGCAGAAUUCAGAUAGGAAAGAGAAAAAACUUCAGAGAGAAACUCCAUCUGUUCUUCUACGCUGGCUUGUUCUGGAUGGUGACCUUGACUCUUCCUGGAUGGAUGGCAUGAAGACAUUGUUUGAUGGCGACCACUGCCUAUCACUUGCCAACGGAGAAAGUAUUCAGUUAAAAGACACCACAUUCCUGAUAUUUGAGACAUCAUCUUUGAUUGAUGCCUCACCCGCUGCAGUGUCACGCUGCACUGUGGUGAAUUUUGGAGAAACUACAUCUCAUUGGAGUGCUCUCUACCACACUUGGAAGCAGACAGCAAAGACCCGAUGGCUUCUGACUGCUGGCAGCAUGAAGAUUUUGGAUGACCUGAUACAGGAUGUCUUUCCUGCCACCAUCAGAUUCCUGCAGACUGAUUGCUGUAUGGCACUUUGUACUGAUUUAGGCAUCGUUACUGCCAGGGUAAAUGCUAUGAUUUCUGGAGUGGCAGAGGUGAGCAGCUUCCUGAAGAUGUUCUCAGCUUUGCUGGACAGGGUGAUCUUACGGGAAGACCUGGAAAAAAAAGCUCGCUUAGAUGAAUCUAGAAGUCACACAAGACUGGGAGCAUCAGAUGGCAAAGUGUCUCGUCAGAUGGCGAGUCGCCUAACAAACAGCUCACAGAUUGAAGCAUUCAUUCCUCACUAUAUUGACAACAUCAAGAACAUGUUUGCAUUUGCUUUUAUAUGGAGCUUUGGGGGCCAUCUUCACGACAGAUUCCGAGACAAGUUCAGCAAGUUUGUGCAUGAUGUCCUGUACCGUGCUGUGCACUCAAUUUGUCUCCCAGUGUGGGGCCAGGUUUUCGACUACUGUGUGGAUGACAGCACUGGUUCUUUCAUCAGAUGGAGUGAUCGCCAGCAGGACAAAAUGAAGCCUGUUGGAAGUGCCUUCUUUCUGACACCAGAGGUUGAAAGGUACAGCUAUUUGGUGGACUUGAUGCUGGCAAAGAACCAUCCUGUACUGUUGAGUGGGGCCCCUGGAGUUGGCAAAACAGCUCUUGUCAACAACAUGGUGUUGAGCAGACAUCCCUCCUCGACUGUCACCCUGUCACCAGGUGUGUCAGCAUCACUUCUGCAGCGGUCAAUGCUGAACCACAUUCUGGAUCUGCAGAGUAAAGCCAUGAGCUUGGUGCCAGGCCCUGGCCAAGGAAAUGUCCCAAGUAACCAACGCCAUCUGUUCUUCAUUGAUGAUCUUAACAUGGCACCGACAAUGGGAAGUUAUCAGCCGCCAGUAGAGCUACUGAGGCAUAUUCUUUGCACUGGAGGUACAUAUGACCAGCAGCGCCAAGCAUUCCAGCAGAUGAAAGAGGCAUCAUUUAUUGCUGCUGCAACUCUUCCAUCUGCUGCAGGCUCUGGACUGGGGUUGGCUACUCACGUACUGUCACCAAGACUGCUUCGACAAUUUGUGAACCUGACGAUAUUCACACCAAACACUGACUCCCUUCUGACAAUAUACUCACGUCCAAUUCAAACAUGGUUGGAAGAGUUCCCAGCAUACUCAGUUGAACACCAUCAUGAGUUUGCCAAGGCACUCACUCAUGGAUUGCUGGAACUCUAUAAUCUAGUCAAAGAACACCUUCGGCCAACACCGAUUCAUGCACAUUAUAUCUACACUCUGCAUGAUAUCUCACGAGUUGUGCAUGGAAUCCUUCUUAUGUCGCCUCGUUCUCACAUCCGUAAACUUCGAACACACAAGAAAGGCGAUGAUCCCAAGUUGAAGAUGAUGGGACGCACAUUGUCCUAUGAGUCUAUGCGGUCUCGCACAGUCAGCCUGAGCAGUCAGACAGGACAGAUGGAAGCAGGUGGUAGUACUUCCGUAAUGAAGCUCAUAACACAACUGUGGUGUCAUGAGUGUACCCGAAACUUUGGUGAUCGGCUCAUCUCAACUGAAGAUCGCAACUGGUUUGUCACUGUUCUGGAAGAGGUAGCUGUGAAACAUUUCUGCUUGCCUCGGGAUGACCCCAGAUUGGAAAUGGCAUCAAUCAAAGAAGAACCAACAGGAAGCUGUGCAACACCUGUCCAUACUCUGAACUCACCAGUCUCACCAGCACAAACACCUGUCCAUCAUCUGAACUCACCAAUAUCACCACCACAAACAUCUGUAGAGAUGGACAAUGAGGAUGCCACAGAAUCUGUACAAAACAAGGAGGAAAUACAGAAGGAGUCACAAACUUCAGCUGGAGCCUCUUCUUCUGUAAGCCAGGGACAUGAAAGAGACAGCAAACAGACUUUACACAGGUCUCCUCCACCUGAAGAACCGACAGAAGUAGAAACGCAUAAACCUUCAUCAGAUUCUCUAUCAACAGAUGCUUCUUUCACUAUGGCAGCCACUACAGAAGAGUGCACCACCACUGAUGCAGGCAACACACCAAAAGAUGGGUCAGAAUGCAAGACAACAGUCAUGGAAACACACAUGACUGAGUCUGACUGUAAAUUGGAAAUGAAUGCCGAAAAAGAAGGUGCAGAUGAUGAUGAGUGGCAACAUUCUGAUUCCUCAGAAGACCUGAGUGAAGACACGAGUUCAUCUGAAGAAUCUGAGACAGCCACAACUUUCUCUGAUUCAGUCAAACCAACACCUGACUUGCUGAGCAGCAGCUGGGCAACAGAGGAUCCGAAAAGGAAAGAUGAUCCUAAAUCACUCAUCAAAAAUAUGCAGGCUUCUGAUAAAGCAGUUACUGCCCCUCCACAAGUGAGUAGCAGCCAGAAGCAUUUGAGCUCCCACACUGGUGGCCCUAAGCGUGGUGUGACCUUCAAGACUGGCCUUAUUGCAGACAAAGAGGAUGACACUUACUAUGGACCACUACUGAAUGUUGAAGAUGUCAAGGGCUUGCCAAGAGUGCUGUCAGACUUUGUUUUCAGCAAAUAUUUCCUUACCUGUCAUACAGAAACCAUGGACAUUUCACCAGAAAAAGGUUAUUUGGAGAGCUCUGUUGACAUGCUGGGUGAGGCACUGCAGACAUGUCUCAGUGUGUACAAUGAGGGAACUUCACAGCAACUGAAUCUGGUCUUCUUUUCAGAAGCUGUGCACCAUGCUGCACGCUUGAGCCGUGUCUUUGCACACCCCCAGGGACAUGCAUUGCUGCUUGGCAUGAGUUACAGUACUGGUCGGGCCACUCUAACACGUCUGGCUGCCUAUAUUGCCCACUGCAAGCUUUUUGAGCCUAAACCACAUGCUGACUCAACUCACAAUCUUGCUGUGGUGGCUGAACACAUGAAGCGCAGCUGCUAUCAUGCUGGUGUGAUGGGAAAGUCCACAGUACUGCUUCUUCAUGAAGACCUUGGUGAUCAGUGUCUACCUGAUGUCAGUGCUCUCAUGGCACAAGGUACAUCUCCAGGUCUGUAUUCGGAGGAUGAGGUACAAACUAUUGUUGGUCACAUGAUGCCUGGAGGGGUGCAAACCAAGCGAGCUGAUAAGAUCGAGCAGGCUUUCCAACGGUUUGUCAAGCGUGUCUGUCAAAACCUGCACAUUGUUGUUUGCCUCAACUACAAAGGUAACAGCUUCAGUUCAGACUUCCACUCCAUGAAUAAAAAACUUCAACAACACCCAGGUUUGCUGAAAAAUGCAUUUAGUGUUGAUGUGUAUCAUCCUUGGGACUUUAUAACAUUCUCCCAUGUUGCCACCACUUGGCUGGAGGACAAUAAGUUAUCAGUGACAAUACCAUGGAACAUUGCACGCCAUAAUGAACAGAUGAAAAUGGCCAGUGAUGCCAUGGCUUAUAUUCACUUGUCAGCAAAGGCUGCAGUUGAUCGUCAGUAUUGUCAUGAGAGGGAACCACUUCGCUUCUACUCGCCACUCACUUUCUUGGAAUUUGUUCACCUGUUCAAAGUCAUUUCUGCUUACAUAGUGAAAAAAGAAAAGGAGAAAGCCACAAAAUAUGAAAAGGCACUCGGCAAGAUCAAUGAAGCAUUUGGUAGCAUUGCAGAAUACCGCCAAGAAGUGUCAGAUCUUGCACCCAGACACAAAACAGCCAACGACACUGUGCGUUCGCUUGUUGAAGAUGUCGAGAAACAGAAGCAGGUCUACAUACAGUCUCUUGAGCGAUGCAAGGCGCAGGAGGAGAAAAUAACAGAGAUGCAGGGUCCUCUGGAGCAGCUUCGUAAGUCUGCUCAGUCAGAGUUUGACAAGGUAAAUCCAGUAUAUGAGGCUGCUCAGAGAGCUAUAGAUGCCUUAAAUCCCAGAGAUAUUGAUGAAAUCAAGUCUUUUCCAAGCCCACCUGAACAAGUCAAAUUCUUGAUGAGAGCUCUCUGCCUCAUGUUUGGGAAACCACAAACAUGGGAAGAUUCAAAAGUUCUCUUGAUUAGAGAAAAUUUCAAGCAAGAUCUCAUCUUCUAUGACAAGGACAACAUUCCUGAUGACAUAUUUGAAGCUUUGAAAGAAUUUGUUCAUAAUCCAGAUUUCCAGCCAGAGACAAUGAAGAACAUCAGCAAAGCUGCCAGUGGUCUGUCCACAUGGGUUAUUGCUAUACAUCACUACUCUUCCAUCUACCGCAAGAUGCAGCCUCAUCUCAAGAAUCUGCUUGAAGCUGAAAACAAGUUCACCAGAGUGCAAGCUCAGCUGGGCCAGUUACGUGUUGAAGCACAUGGCAUUAAGUCAGUUUUAGAGGCAACUAUUGGCCAGCAUAAGGAGGCAUUGAAGGAAGCCAAGACCAUCGAGAAGACAAUUCAGGGGAUAGAGCGAAGGAUUGCAAGGGCCAGCAACCUGAUGGAAAACAUGUCAAUGCAACACUUCCUUUGGCGCGCAGAGUUGAAGAAGGCUCGGCGCCACAUUUUGGCAGCCCCUGGUGAUGCUUUAAUCACUGCUGCUUGUGUCUGUUACCAUGGUCCUUUGGAUGACAAAGCUCGCCAGGAGCUCAUUACUGACUGGAUGGAGAGGUGCCGACAAGGCACAUUCCACAUGCAGGCAUUCCAAGAGUAUGACCCUUAUUCCAUGAUAGCCAGGCUGGAAGUGCUGUUAGAGACAAGCUCACAAAAUGGGCACCAGGUUUCUGAAGAUGUCCAGAGUGUCCACUCUGGAAAUGACAGCAACUUCAGUGAAGCAAGCUCUACCCUCCAUUCAACACCCCAGGUACGAACAUUUAAAUACAUGCCUGCCAUCUAUGACACAAGCAAGUUUUACAAGUCAGAGCUAAAGAAGACUGACACGAUGGAAAGUUUGCAGCCAGACAACGAUGAGCUACAGGAUUCAGAUGAUGAGGAGGAUUUGAGUGCAUUACCCACCCGCUCCAACUACACCAUCCAGGAUAUUUUGUCAGACUUUGAUGAGCUGAGUGAUUGGCGGAUGCGCAGCCUGCCUACGGACCUUCAUGCGCAACAGAAUGCACUUCUGAUGCGAGUGAGUUGCCACAACCGUCGACACUGCUGGCCUUUGUUGCUUGACCCUGACAACCAGGCAGAGAUGUGGGUGAAAGCCCUGCAGGGGUCUCGUAACACCUUCAACUUAUGUGAUGUAGCUGUGGAAGAAGACAGAGGCAUUCCACUAGAAAAGGUAACUCAGAAUUCUGUACAUGAUCCCACUGAGAAAUGGCCACCUGAACCUCCUCCCAGCCGUGGCACAGCUCUUACCUUGUCUGAUGUCACAGAGCGCACAGCAGCCAACUCUGAGUGCACCCUUACCUCUUACACCCACACAAGCCAGGGCUGGACAUGUCAUCAGAAUGUAGUGAAGGAUGAGUUACGACCAGUUACCUCAGUGACUGGGAGCUGGGACACUGUGAACCUUCCCAUGGACACCAGCAUGGAACACAAUGAGGCAGGCUUAUGGGUAGUGGAGGCUGAUGAUCCUGUUAUCAACAGCAAGUUAGUAAGCGCCAUUGUGCAUGGUGUGACUGUGUUAGUAACACACCUAGAAAGGCGACCCCUGGCAGCUGUGUUUCGUGGACUGCUUUUAAAGCAGUUUUAUGUAGAUCAUGAAGGCAGCAAGGUUGUACGUGUGGGUGACAUGCAGUUUAAAAUUCAUCCCAAUUUCUGCCUUUAUCUGUCAACCACAACACCACUCUUUCUAAAAGGUGAUGGGCUUUACACUGUACCCAUUCAUCGCAUGUGCAUAAUCAACAUGGCUGUUAGCGAUGAGGCCAUCAUCAACCGUCUGCUUUAUGAGACAAUGAAAGUUGAGCGAAAAGAAUUUGAAGGUCAGAGAAGAUCCAAUGAGAACGACAUCAUCCUGCACCGUCAGAGACUCGUACAAGAACAUGAAGCUAUUCGUGAGAAGACACUGAACCUCGAUGGACCGCUUCUGGACGAUGGGACCAUGCUGGAAUCACUAAUGAAGUGUAGAGACAAUGUUCAGCACAAUCGGAUUAUCCUUGAGGAGACACGGUACAUGGGGGAUCAUCUGCAGGACAAAUUUACCCAUUAUCUUCCCCUUGUGGUGAAUGGCACAGUGUUGUACAACAUCUUGCAGUGCUUGACAGUGCUGCAUUCUGUGUACUAUGUCCCCUUCUACAAGUUUGUUGACAUAUUUGCACAGGUGAUCAAGAGCCGAGAUCGAGGCAAAGGCAGUCUUGGUGCACCUCAAGCUCGUGCACAGGAGCUCUCUGAUGCAGUGACAGGUGCUGUAUUUCAUCAUGCAUCAAUGAUGAUGUUUGAGCUACACUACAAUCUCCUGUUGCUGCUUGUUUCUCUUGAAAGACUUCGUAUUGAACGCAAGGCCUCGCAUAAGGAACUUUCUCUCUUUGUUAAUGGCUUUGAAAAGCAUGGGUUGGAUGAAGCUGGCAUACUGGAGCAAAAACCUGCGUGGAUGGACAGUGCUGCUUGGAUAGACUGCAGCAUUUUGGAAUCCCUACAUCACCCCUUUCAUGGCUUAUGUAGUUCUUUGGUGCACAACAAGGAGCAGUGGAGGGAGUACUUUCAGCUACCCGUGGUCCUCCUCAACCCUGUACCAGGCACCACUUUGCAGGAACUUUCCAUAUUCCAGAAGUGUCUGCUUUGGAAAAUGUGCUGCCCCCACAGGAUGGCAGAGCUAGCUCAGGCCAUUGUGACCUAUGAACUGGGCAGUGCUGCUGCUCCAUCUAAUCACUACAACAUUCGGGAGGUGUACACCAGUGCGGAUCAGUAUACACCUGUUGUUUUCAUCUUACCUACAGAGAUUCAGGGACUGGCAUGGGAUGCAUCCCAAGGCCAGCCUUACAUUAGUCCUGUUCAUGAGGUGAAACGGCUGGCUCGAGAGGUUGGCAUGGAGGGCAAGGUUCGCAUCAUGAACUUUGGAGUAAGAUCACAAGAAUUGGAGGUGCGGCAGGCGCUGGAUGACUGCAUCCAUGGAGGCAACUGGCUUCUUCUUCAAAACUAUCAUCUGACCACAGAACUGGACCCACAGUUAUUUAUCAUGCUGAAGGAUCUCAUCUAUGCUCAGUGGACAGAAGAGGAAUUGCAAGGUGAAAAAGCUGAUGUGAGUGAGGAUCAUAGUCUUGUCACACGUUCUCGGCCAUCGACUCAUCUCAGGUGUAGCCAUAUUCAUCCAGCCUUUCGUCUCUGGGUCACCACUUCUGCUAAUGCUCGGCAUAUCAUCCCUGGCAUUUUGAUACAGCAUGGCCUGCGUGUGACUUGCGAGACAACAGCAAACUUCCAUAGUACUCUGCAGAAGACCUAUCGAUCAGCUACUUUUCUUUUGAGCAAACUGACUCCUGUUGAUGAAGAAUCUGUAGAGCGCCUCACCCGAGUGAUGCCUUUGGCACUGCUUCAUGCACUGCUGCUUCAUCAGUCCUACUUUGGCCAGUAUGCCUUUGCCCAACCUUACUUCUGGACAUUGAGUGAUCUUGGUCUGGCUAUAGAAGUCUUCAGACUCAUGAUGUUACCAUCUAACUCCCCCAGCCAGGUUGCUGACCUCAUUGCAACUGUGUAUGCUAAUCAUUGCACUGACUCUGGUGAUGUCACUGUAGUACAUGCCUUGGUACAGGAUCUGGUCAUGCAGACAACUUGCCCCGAACAGAUCUCAGGAGGGUGUGCAGGACAGCUGCUACGUAAACUUCUGCAGGCUGGACAGGUGCGUCACUCCUUGAAGCGUAUUCUUGAUGUUAUUGAGGACACAUCAGCACGCACAUUUUCUCUGCCUGAACAGGCUCAGCACAAACUGGUGAUCUCUAACAGUCGAAUCAUUUUGAGUGACUUGGUGCAAGUGACUGGUGCCCCUGAACUGCUGCUGCACGUGCGUUUGUCAGCCACCAAAGUGGUUGGGAGCCACAAGUCAUGAUUUCACAGAUGCUUGCCAUGGUGGCAGCAUGUCCUUCCUUGCAACCUUGUGACCAGCACCAGAUCAUGCCUCUGGACCAGUUCUUGCAGAUGGAACUGGAGGGCUACAGGAAACUUCUGGAACUGAUCCAGAGUGAUCUAUUGCUGCUUCAACGCCAUAUCAGGGGAGAGCUGUCCAUCACACACAGUCUGCAGGAGGUACUGGACUCACUCUGUGCUGAUCACAUUCCACGUCAAUGGUUGACCCAAACAUUUGCUACUUGUCAGCAUGUCAGUCAGUGGGUGGCAGGCAUCGCUGAACGUGUACAUUAUGUACAGAAAUGUUUUAUCAGCCAUCCUGCAAGCUUUUGGCUUCCUGCGUUUUUAAGACCAGACCGUUUGUUCCCAGCUGUAGCACAGACUUAUGCCAAACAAAACUUCAGAGUUGUCAAUGAGAUUACUCUGGACUUUCAGGUUAUGCCGGUGAGCUUCGUUGCAACUUCCCCACCAUCGCAAGGGGUGUUUGUUCACGGCAUGCAGCUGGCCAAUGCCACCUGGAACCCAAGUCAGGAGGUGCUGAGCGAGCUGCUUCCGGGAGCCGAGGCUGUCGAGGUGCUGCCGCCGUUGUGGAUUAAACCGCGUGCAGCAGGGGAAGAGCCUUCUGAAAGGGGCCCUCAGCUGGACGUUUACCUGUGUCCUUUCUUCGCCUGCCCAGACCUAGAACUGCAGCAGGACAGCAAUCUCGUCACUCAUGUGCCGCUGCCCACUCGAGUGCCACCUGCCACGUGGGCGCAAAGUCGAGUCGCCCUCAGCUGUCGUCUGUCAAAUCCACAAACCGUAUCUUGAUACAUAGCUUCUGGUGCCAAAAGCAAGCACCUUAAAUACACGCAUAAAUAGAAACAGCAUGAAAAGAAUGUAGGCCUAAAGUGAUUGCAUGGAGGCAAUCUUCGUUGUCGAGGGCAAAGUGACUACUGUUGAAUUGAGGUGGGUUUUUUUUUUUUUUUAAUAAUUUUUAUUACAGUCGAACUUCUUGAAGUCAAAACUUCAAUGGACUGAUGAAAAAAAAUUACAGAAGUUCGUCCAAAAAAAAAAAAAAAAAAAUUCACUGCAGACGUUUAAUUUUUAACCAAAUGUUUAUUUCUUGUCAUUCUUUUAAAGACCCUCCGACAGAGUCGCUUAUCGCACAUGCGUUUCCUAUGCAGAAAACGAGCACAGGGUCGAUCCAUGGGGGAGUACACGAUUUUACACUUUCCGAUGUAUUUUCAAAUGGUUUCAACAUGCUGACCGGCUUAAAAUUAUUCGAGUUGUGAAAGUUUUUGGCUAGGCAGUUACGAGCUGCGGAAGUUGAAUAUGCAUUUCUUUAAUAGGAAACCAACCAAUAAUAUUUAACAUUCGAAUUAGAGAGAAUUUUGACUUACGGAAGGUCGACUGUAAUUCCAAUCUUAAAUUGACCAAUACGUAUUUUGAGAGGUGCCGCAGAAACCACGCCUACAAACUCUCGUCUCUGGGUGAUCAAAUAAAACAAAGUAGCCAUCGUGUUGAAACAGUAUUAGCUGCGACUUAUUCUUGAUCACGUAGCGAGCAACACUACUGAAUAUAAGAGAAUCACAAGUGUUUUGCAGCAGUAAUGAACAUUUAGAAAACGCCAACUAAUGUACGUAUCGUAAUAAUUUUUUUUAAAACUUUCAAAACCUUUUACAGUCAGAAUUGUUAACUGAUUAUGAUCCUGCCUUUACGUUGCUUGAUUUUGAACGAGUAACAGAAAACUGUGAUAAACUGCUGCGGUGCAUCCCUUUCGUGUUUUUCUUGCUAUUAUUCACAUGGACAUGAUGCACGGGGUUAUGCGAGCGCAAUGGCGUAAGAACCAGAGUGGGGGAGGGGGCAAGGGGGCACAGCCGUCCCCUCAAAAUGAGGAGGCAAGAAUGUGAACGUCGUUUACUAUCAGCAUGGAGUUUGCUCCACCACCCCCCACAAAAGUCAAGCAUUUUUCCUACGCCAUUGGGAUGCUUGCUUUUCCCUUCUUCCCAUAGCCGUAUUUUUAAUGGACAGAAAGCUAUUCAAAGUCGCAACUCGGUUCAUGUGAUCGCUUUUGUUGCGGACGUCACGCUCGACAUCCUGUGGUUGGCACGUAUCGCUAAUCUGUGACAGCCUCAUCGAGUAACGUUCAUCGUCACAACGCUUAUAAUACAGAGUAGCAUUAUUGGUUUGAUUUGUAUAUACUUUAUUGACAGUUAAGGUCGGUUACUAUGCACAAGAAUAUUAGCAGAGGUAUGCUAAAUGUCUUUUUACUGUGAUAGUAAAUUGUGUCCCGCAGAGGAGUGCUUGGUGGUGUUUGAAACAAAUUUGUCCACGAGAUUUUUUCAGUGACAGCAAAUAAAAAUAUGUAUAUUUAAAA